UGAACACGGAUUAGCGCUGAGCCCCCAGAAUGAAGCGACUGAUCCUUUUGGUGCUUUGCCUCUGGCUGGCCAGUGGGUUGCAAAGGGUGCCCCUGAAAAGACACAAAUCCCUGCGGAAAAUCCUGAGGGAGCAUGGGCAGUUGUCCAAAUUCUGGAAGGCCCAGAAUCUAGACAUGGUCCAAUACACUGAAGACUGUUCUGCCAUCCCAGAAACUAACGAGCCACUCAUCAACUAUCUGGACAUGGAGUAUUUCGGACAGAUUUCUAUUGGGACCCCUCCUCAGAAUUUCACCGUGUUAUUCGACACUGGCUCCUCCAAUCUCUGGGUUCCAUCGAUCUAUUGUGUCAGCAAAGCCUGUGCUGUGCAUUCCAGAUUUCAUCCAUCCGAUUCCAGCACCUACAAUGAGGUUGGGACUCCCUUCUCAAUUCAGUAUGGGACUGGCAGUUUGUCGGGAAUCAUUGGCUCAGAUCAAGUCACUGUUGAAGGCAUCACUGUCAGCAAUCAGCAGUUUGCAGAGAGCGUCAGUGAGCCAGGAACCACUUUUCUGGAUUCAGAGUUUGAUGGGAUUCUUGGGCUGGCCUACCCAUCGCUGGCAGUGGAUGGGGUUACCCCUGUGUUUGAUAAUAUGAUGGCACAAAAUCUGGUGGAUCUGCCCAUCUUCUCAGUCUACAUGAGCAGGAAUGCGGAUUCCUCUGCUGGGGGAGAAAUAUUAUUUGGUGGCUUUGAUCCUUCUCAUUUCAGCGGGACUCUGAACUGGGUGCCAGUCACUAAACAGGGAUACUGGCAAAUCCAAUUAGACAACAUACAGGUGGGCGGGACCGUGGCCUUCUGUGCAGAAGGAUGCCAGGCAAUAGUGGACACCGGGACAUCUCUCAUCACGGGUCCUUCCAAAGACAUAAAAGAGAUGCAAAAUUAUAUUGGUGCGGUGCCCAUGGAUGGCGAGUAUGCCGUGGAAUGCAAUAACUUGAACGUGAUGCCUGAUGUUACCUUCACCAUCAAUGGGAUCCCAUACACCCUCAAUCCCCAGGCCUACACACUCACGGAUAUUAGUGACGGCAUGACCUUCUGCACCAGCGGCUUCCAGGGACUGAACAUGCAACCACCAGCUGGGCCGCUUUGGAUUCUGGGUGAUGUUUUCAUUGGCCAGUUUUACUCUGUCUUUGACCGUGGAAAUAACAGAGUUGGGCUGGCACCAGUUGUCCCUUAAGAGAGUAUGACCUAAUGAUCAGAGUAAGGCAGUGAGAAUCAAUGGUGAGCUUGAUUCUGUUCCUGCCAUUGCCACUGUGUGACCUUGGGCAAGUGACUUCAUAUCACUUUGUGCCUCAGUUUACCCACCUGUAAAACAUAAAUCAUACUGAUCUCCUUUGCAAGCUGCCUGGAAAUUCUUGAUGGAAAUGCGCUAUGGAAAUGCAAAGUUUAUCCAGAGGCAUGUCUGUGAUCAGUACAAAAAUGUCAUUGGCAACUUUGUUAUAGCCAGUUUACAGCUUUUUUUUUCUCCCGCUUGAAUCAAUGCAGAUUUUCAUUCAAUAAAAAGAGGAUUUCAAUGAUCAUUUUCACAUCUAAAGCUGCAAGAAUCAAACAAAAUUAGAUCUGGAAGCGCCUGCAGAAAACAAAGCUGGUUUUGCUAGGCUGAAUUGUGCACGGUGGCAUUACCCUUCAUCCCCAGGAACUAAAAGCCUUGGAUAUGCCUCAAAUAAUUCCUCAUGGAAUCUCCAUCGUUGGAGAUAUUUAAAA